ACAUCCACAAGCCUGGCGCGUUUGAAGAAAUCGAACCGACGCACCACCGGUUCCGGUUUUUCGAUCCUAGUUUCCCUGUCUUAUGCAAAUUCAUUAGAACUGACGUGCCAGACAACAUUUAUAGGUUGAUUAGCAUAUCACGCCUGACUCGCUGACGCGAAAAGCCGGACUUACUGCACCUCAACAUCUCUAACACUUAGCUUUUUACGCAGCCUCUAAGCCAGGGCGGCUCUAAACAGGGAAGCGCCCGGUGAGUCAUGGCGGACGAACGGUUCAGCAUAGUUGACUACGUGGUCUUUUCUAUCAUGCUGAUGAUCUCAGCGCUGAUCGGCAUUUGGUAUGGCUGCGGACCUGGAGGCAAGCAAAAGACUACGUCGGAAUACCUUUUAGCAAACCGAAAGAUGCGACACUUCCCGGUGGCUAUUUCUCUGCUAGUGUCUUAUCUCUCGGCUAUUACGCUGCUUGGUGUUCCGUCUGAGAUCUACACGUACGGCGCACAGUACUACGUGCUGAUUCUUUCCUACUUCAUCAUUUGCGGAACUGUAGCCAUUGUUUUCGUCCCCAUGUUUAGACGCGUGAAUAUAACCUGCGCUAAUGAGGUAAAAUUUUGUUCAUUACUAAGAUUAUUGAAUCUCGACUGCCUUUUAUAAUUUAGUAACUUGACUCCGCACUGCAUUUUUAUAACUCAAUUUUCCACUGCUCUUAAUCUGCAUUAGCAUGUACACUGCUUUUUUUGUUGAAAGUAAUGUUAUGAUAAUAUUAAGGGAGGUACAAGCCCUACGUCAGGUAUCGAUUCUGCUAAAUGAGGGGAUUGUGCAGUUUUGUACGACUCUUGUAUUAUUAGAAACACUCAGUAGUAGCCUCAAUCAUCCACUCCUUUAAAGUGGUUUAAAAUUUUGCGCAUAUGGGUGAAACCCCUAAGUGUGACUAUUCCUAAGAUACAUGCACUUUAGCACGCUUUUCAUUUAGUUCCUUCUAGUCUAGUGUAUUUUCCAUCGAACUGCUUUAUUGUGAGCGAAGUGUUUCUAGGGGUUUAGGCACGUAACAUGAUAUUAAUUCUCGAAAGUGUUUUUAAGAUAUUGUUUUCUUAUUUGACGAAACUGCUCAACAUGUAAACUUCGUAUUUAAUUGUUUUGAGUCGCAAUUUUAAAAGGCAUACAGUACAACUAAAUUACCUAAUUUUAAAAGCAAAAAUCCAUUAAGAAGCAUCAGAUGGCUGUCGACCAGUCCUGCAACACGCUUAGCUCACGCACGAGUGCGUGCUAAAGACCAAGCAUUGCGCGAUAGCCGCGUGAUGAAUGCAAUAGACCGGUCAAUAACAAAUUGACGAAAUUGAGCACUCUUUUCCCACAAAAACAUCCUAUAUUGGUUUUAACGCGCGAUUGGAAAUGAAAGUUGAUGAAUAACCCUUUAGAUCAUGCUGCUGAAGUGGCCUGACCACAAACUCUUUUAUGAGUCCUAACGCGUGACUGUUCAUUUCGCGGUUCUUUCGUGUCCCAAACCAAACAAACCAAAAACGCCUUGCACAUUUAACCGCAGUGGAGCUUGCGGUACAGCUCACUAUUUUGUUGUAUAAAAAGGUUUGAGAUGAAGCUCUCAUAGCAAGGGGACUGAAACCAUUUUAUUAAGGCCCUCCGGGCUUAAAACAAAAGUUCAGACGUAAUUUUUUUCCCAUUAUGUCUUUUGUUUAUCUCAGUACUUGGAGCGCCGCUUCUCGGUCGGGGUCAGAAUGGUUGGAUGUGCAUUCUUCAUCAUGGAAUAUGUAAGUAUUUCCGGGUGAACUCUUCACUGAUAUUGAAACUAGUAUGGACGGAAUGGAAUGGAAAAAAGGGCCGUGAGUUGCCACUCAGUGAGAUGAAAAUCUGGUCUCAGGCUUCUUUCAGCUCCUUAAGCUUAAUGUAGACAAUGCAUGCUAUAAUCCAAAACAAUCGUAAAUCUAACCAAUCACAAGGCAAUAACGUACUUGGCCAACGAAAACGAAAUAACAACGCCCAACGAGACGAGAACAAAGGGCUGCCUUGCUAGCGGUUUUUUUUGGAGGAGGGGGAGACGAAGAAAAAUUCAAGAAAAUGCCACGAGAGUGUAUGAGGAAGAGGGAAGGAGAGCUCAUCGUUCCUUCUCGCGUUUGCCACACUUUUUUUGCGCAAACAAAACCUCCAGCUACAGUGUACACAGGAUAUUUUAAUCGCUGCGGGCGAAAAAAAAAAAAACACACGGAAGACAAAUCCAAUUUGCUGUUGAUAAAUAAACCCAAAAUAGAGGCCAAUACCGAAGCAGAUAAAUUUGGCAAAAUCUGAUUAUCACCAAUAACAACGCCUGGAAAAUAUAAUGGGUUUUUUUUUUAAAUAUAGCUUCGUUAUCGCGUUUUCCAGGGUCAUAUUCUCUGUCCAUUUUUACCACUUUUUCAUAAUUUGCGUCAUUGAUUUUUUUCCCGUUUUCAUCGUAUUUAAUAUGACAGUGAAUCUUUUAAGCUUAUAACAUUCACAGUAGUUUCUCCUAAAAAACGGGCCAUAAGAAUCCCGUAUCUUUGGAACGUUCCAGCAAAAUGAAAGUUAUUAUGUUUUGACUUCUGUUCUAAAAGCUUGUUACAAAGAAUGAAAAGAUAUUGCACCCUAAUAACCGGCCCCUAAAGGGUUCUUAGUUCAUUCGCUUAUCAAUAAAUUAAAAUCAAAUUAUUAUUCGUUCUUUUUUUGAUUUUCUGUUUAACUGUUCACAUAUUUAUGGCGAUAUUUUUGACAGACAUUAUACCUGUUUGUGGUUCUUUAUGCACCAUCGCUCGCACUGGAAGCUGGUAAGAGACUUACAUUUUUACAUUAUUACAUGAACUCAAACGAAGAAUUUUCUUGAUAUUUUAACAACUUUUCCCUUGCGACUUCUUGGGGAAAUGAAAGGACAAUAAUUUUUGUUUCCUAUGUGUAUUGUAAACAAAGAAGUAGUGACAUAACCCGCAGACAACAAUUAUUGUUGUCUGCGGGUUAUGUCACUACUUCUUUGUUUACAAUACACAUAGGAAACAAAAAUUAUGAGUAUGUAAAUUGAAGACUGUGUGACAACUGACAAAGUGAUUUGAAUUAACAUCUUUUAGAAUGGCCUUAGUUCAAGUUAUUAAUUUCAUUAGUAAGAAUUUAGUUACCUGAAAUAAAAAUAAGUCAAAUUCCAAUUUUCUACUCUCCAGACAUAAUGGGUUAUAGGUCAUAUUAUGGGUUUGUGCCUGAGACACACUGAGACUUUUACUUGUAUAAUUUCACUAUAACUUUACAACUCAUUGAACUGUAAGUUUAAUUUUUUGAUUAUUUGAACUUGUUGAUUUUUGCAGUUGCUGGAAUCCCCCUACCAGCCUCCAUCCUUACAACGGGAAUAGUUUGCACCUUCUACACAAGUCUUGUAAGUACAAAAUUACCAAGAUCAAGGCUGAUAGUAAUAUUUCAAAUCUGGUUUAAUUUGUGACCCCGGGGCACUUUAGGAAUUUCUGGGUGGGGAUGUGCUGCUGAGACCUUGGAACCCUUGACCUAUACCAGAGCUAGUUCAGCUGAAUUUUGCUACCCUAUACUAGAGCAAACUCCCAAAAUCCCCCUAUCCUAGACUAGCUGUUUCCCCAGUCUAGAUAAAAUCUUCAACCAACUGAUCAGUUUCCUGAAAAAUGAUACCCUAUUCUAUACCCAAACGCUCUGAUUUAUAUACCCUAUCCUAGAGUAAACUGCUUGAAAACCAUACCCUUCACAGCGGCACAUACCCAUAUAGCCCAUAUAUGGCAGUACCCCCCCCCCCCGGGUUUGUGACUAGUAAGACUAUUUAAAAGUAGAGCAUGUGAAGCAUAAACAAUAUGAACUCAUGUACAUUACCGUAAAAUUCCGAAAAUAAGUAGCCUGUGAACAGGCCUUUCGUCCAGUAGGGACCUUCCCUUUCCUCGCUAUUUUUCCCCCUACAGAGAGCCUGUUCACAGGCUAGAAAAUAAGCCCCGGGGCUUAUAUUUUCCAAAGGCCUUUUUUGAGGGGCUUAUUUUUGGAGGGGCUUAUAUUUGGAGGGGCUUAUGUGCGGAGGGAAAUCUUCCCUUUAAAAUCUAUUGGGCUAGGUUACCGGGUAUAUGUGAAAGGAGUUUUCCAUUUUUGCUUUGUUUUACUUCAUAUUUGAGGGCAAUUUCCGAGUACAAGCCCCUGUGGGGGCUUAUACUCGGAGGGGCGAUUUAAAGGGGGAUUUUUUACAAUACAGGUUUGGGGGGCUUAUAUUUGGAGGGGCUUAUACAUGGAGGAGCUUAUUUUUGGAAUUUUACGGUAUUUUUAAGUCUUAGAUACGUGGAGGCUUAGACUCUUUAAAAUGACUUUCACUCAAACCCUGCUCCCAGGCUCUCUCAGAAUGGGAAGAGGAGAGACCCUAGAAUAGGGUUCUCAAGAAAAAUUAAAGAAGCAGGAGAAAAAUUUAAGGAGGCAGUAAUAGAUAAGUUUAAUGGCAUUUGCAUGUGAGAGUAGGCAGGAAUGGAAAGGGAAAACUAGCCUGCGAACGGCAGACAUUUCUCCUCACUCAUCGCCGCUACGGGACACCACGAAACAUCACCCAGUGACGAUGAGCGAGGAGAAACUUCUACCAUUGGCAGGCUAAGGGAAAACAGCCUAUUUCUUUUGGGUGAGUUUGGAUGAGGCCUCGCUGAGAAAAAUUUCAAUUUUGGCAGCCUAGAAUAUCGCAUUUCAGUGCAGUUUUUGCGCUGUUUCUUGGUGUCAAGAGGGGGGCGUAAGGGUUUGCGGUGAUGCGGUUUUGCGUUAUUUUUGGUGCGGUUUUGCGGUAAUCUUUAUUUUAACUCGCGGUAUUGCGGUUUCAAAACACUAAGCGGUUUGCGGUUAUUACCACCUUUAAGUCGCGGUUGUCGGUGAAAAAAAAGUGUCUGCGGUGAUAACACUCUUUAGAACGAUCGGCAUCCGGUUGUUUUGCAAGCGCGAGCCAAGUGUUUUGUUUUACAACGCAUCAGCGUUCAUUAUAUCAGCUUACAAUUUAACUCUGUGGUUUGCAAUUACGGCCUUUUCCAGUUAAUACUUAAUGUGAUUAACCGUUUUGGCCAAUGAUGUGUCGACUUCGUGAAAUUCCAUGCGGAAUGUUAGCUCGUACAGCCGUACAACCUCGUGUUCUCGUUACUUUGAUUCAAUGCGCCACAAUGGCAACUGAGGUCGUCGAGGUCGCAACUGAAAGCGAAGAGGACGUAAUAAUUAAUUGCGUGGCAAUCUUCUAUGAAGAAGGAAAGGAAGGGGAGAAUUUCAGAAGAGCUGUACGUUUUAACAAUCGUCUUCUCCACUGAACGUGAACUCCUUACGAGACAAGAAGGUCACAAUUCCAGAAGAAACAUUUAUUCCGCGUUCCACAACUAGCACAGGGACGUCCAAAGUAAUCAGUCACCCAGUGUAAGACGUACAGGAUCAGUGACACAGUUUUUCAAAGUCAAGGGAGAUAUCAAUACUCGUUCAAGUACAUGACCAGUAUACUUGGCAUUUGGUUAGUAGUAAAUAGAGUAUAAUUGCCAACGAGCCAUCCGAGGCGGCAGCAGAAUGGAGCCGCGCAAGACUGGGCAAUAGGCGGAAAAAUUCUCGAUCGAGCUGAAAAAGUGUAACCUAAUGUAAUGUAGAUUCCCCUGAGACCAAGUGGUCAGUUGUGAACCAAUCAAAAGGCAGUACCUGGUGCACGGGCUCAAGUUGAAUAACAAACAAAAUUUCACACACUUCCCGCCGUCGUGACUUCCUGUCAGGGGCACCCAACGACAAUUUUCGGAAAAAUAUCUGUUCGGAAGACGAUUUGAGAUCUAGAAUUUUCGAUACAUUUGUUGUAAAAUUUCUUGCUUGCCUGCCUCUCCUAGGAUUUUCGAACAUCUAAAAAAUGGUAUAAUUGCCUAUUUUUAACGAAUUUUUACCCUAAAAAGGUCACCUAGAAUUUUCGGGAGCCUUUUUUCUGGCUGAAAUUUUCGAAAAGGCGAGUUUUGAUCCCUAUAAUUUUCUGAUCACUAGACUUUCAGCUAGGAAAUCCGAACAGAUGAAAAAUUUUUAGGGGAUAAAAAUAUGCCUUUAUCUACCGUUUAAAUACUAAAAUACGUUUAACAAUGCUAUGUUUAAGUGGUUUUGAACUAUAUUCUCGUUGGGUGCCCCUGUUCCUGUGUUUAUUUACCUAAAUUUUUUCGUCAAACCCGGCCACCGCAGUCAAGAGACAUGAGCACUUGAUAUAUUCUAUUAAUUUUAGGGGCCAUAAUGUUAAGUUUUAACGAAGAGAAGUUUGUAAAACAGCAAAAGUGUUCUAUGUGCAGCAAGCAAUAUUCUCACCACUAAAAAGGAUCAGAUUACACAAGGAGAUAAGGAAAGCUUGACACGAAGAAUCCAGUCGCUUCUGUGGGAAAAUCUUUUUUGGGGAAAAAAUCUAACCAGCAAACAAAAAUAAUGGGAACAAAAACGAAUUACAAGCCCAAAGGGAACGACAAAGGAAAAGAAAACAACGCCAUUUUUUUCGAAACGUGGCCGAGUUCAGUAUAAAAAUAAUGAACUAAAAUUAAAUACCGACGUGCCGUACAUCGCAUGUCCUUGGAAACAUUUCAGAUGGCCCAGCGAAUCAUUCUAAGUUUCAAUCCGAUAACAAAAAGCCUUGGGAAAUUUGAAAGGAGGUUUAAAUGAUUAAACUGUGCAAAUAUUUAUCAACAAUGUGAAACCGAACCGACCGUAGAUUUGUAGCUGGACUUAAUAAUAUUCCCGAUCGCUUCCUCUGCAAAGCUGACUUUAUUCUUUCAAGGCACUUCACACUUUUACAUAGCAGGUUUGUAAAGCCACCAGACUGAAUCUGAGAACUUUUCAAGAAAAUAAUCCUUGCAACAGGAAGGGACCAAGAAACGGUCAAAUGGGGGAAAAAAGGAAUUUUAUUCCUAAGCAAAAUACGCAUGAUUUGCUCGUUGGCACUCUAUCGAUAGGUAUACCUAGUAGUGUAGUACAAUAUAUCGUUAGCGUUAUGACGCACAAUGUCAUCAGAAUAUAUCACAAGUCUUGCUGACGUCAGCUUUCAUAUUGUGGCCUACAUGUACGCACGGUUUCGGUAUUCGGGAAAAAAUCCGAUGCGGUUUGCGGUUUUUUGGCGUAUUUCUGUGCGGUUUUGCGGUUUUCGGACCCCCCUUACGCCCCCCUCUGUCAAGGAAACCAUUGUUGGUUCUCCUUUGUUUUGUGGUGUGGGUAUUGUUCUGUGUCUCUUAAAUCUUUUGUAUGACCAUGUCAUUUGGUGAUUGCACCAGUCCGCAACACCAAGAAACUACCAGUUUUUGAGCAACCAGGCAAAGAAAUAAUAUGAAUUCAAUAAUGUAAAUGCAACGUCAUUUACCCACAUUUGCUUUUUUCAAUAUCAUAUGUUUGCUUUCAUCCAAGGAAUUGUUGAGAGAAAAAUACGACAGAUUAAUUAUUCUCUUUGAAAGAUAUUUUCUGUGAGAAGCCAGAGCAACUAAGACAUCUACAACACAAUUUUGGCCAGUCUCCAGAGCUUCCGGAAAACCCUGUCAGAAACAUGGUUGAAUAUUAACACAGAUCUAAAAAAAGCUUUAAUUUAAGUCCACUUAAAUUGAAACAUUUAAGCCUCGUUAUCUUGUUUUUAAACCAAGAAUCUAACAAUCAAGCAAAGUCUUAAAUGAACCAUGUACGUUCUUUAUCAUAUUAUUUCUGCAUCCCUUGUGUCCCUACAUUUUCUUUCUGUAGGGUGGUCUGAAGGCUGUUAUUUGGACAGAUGUUUUUCAGUCUAUGAUCAUGGUGGCAGGGCUUAUUAUAGUUGUGAUUGUCGGCAGCAUUGAAGUUGGUGGCUUUGCCAAUGUUUGGGAAAUCAACAACAAUUUUGGUCGACUUAACUUCUUUAAGUAAGUGUAAUAAUCCAGUACUAUUUAGCAGUUGCUGAGCAAUCAGGGAGGACCAUGUGGGUCAUUGUUGUCCAUAGCAAUGCUAGGCAUUGCAAUAACUGAAAUAAUAUUGCAAUACAGUCUACUGCCAUAGUAGUGAUACCAAUAUUGUGAUAAUAUGGCAAACAUACUUUAAAAAGAUGUUACACUGUUAAUAAUUAUUGUUCCUUAGUGAAGAUAUUAGACUUGAUACUACCAUUCAGGCAUUGUUCCUUGACUUUAAAGCAGUGGAGAACAAAAGAUAGGGCCUCUGAUCUAUGAUCACACUAAAAGGCUUAUUUCUAAAAGACUUUUUAACUCUGGAAACAUGGUGUAAAACCUCUGGGAGUUUCUUGUUAUUGUGAAUGUAUUAUAGGCAGGGAGCAUUUUAAAUGUAUGUUUAAUCUACUCAAGAGAAAUACCUUAUUAUAGGAAAUUAACGCUCCAUAAAAUUAAGCUAUUGGAAAUUAACAUGACUUAAAUUAACGCGAAUUUAAUGGCAAACGACUUUCGAAUUAAGAAAAUUAACGCAAAAGAGGGGGUAGAAUUUCAUAAUAAAGGAAAUUAACGCGAUUAAGGCACAGUUGGUGGUGACAACUGGAACAAAUUUACUUCAACACUGGAUGCAAAAAAAUUCAAAACUGAGCUGACAUCACUUCUGACAGUGACAACAAUGAAGAUGAACUCGCAAUAUUGUAAACCUUUGCCUCAGCUUUUGUGAAAGAUGAAAAAUAUAGGGUAAAUGGAAGGAAAGAUAGCUUGUAGUUAAUGUUUUUUAGGUGUCAAGAAUGUCUGGACGGGUUCCAAAAUUGGGGUUAAAAUACUGGAAAUUAAGAGUGCAGAUAUUAACGCUGCACUUAAUUAACGUCGCAGAAAUUAACACUCAACAAAAUUAACACAACUUAAAUUAACGUGAAUUUUAACGAUUCACAUUAAUUUCAUGGAGCGUUAAUUUCCUAUAAUAAGGUAACAUAUUUUGCUGCAAUAAGAACCCUUUAUUGGUGUGUUAUGUGACCUGCUACAAAUUUCAUAUAUUGGUAAUUUCCUAGUAUUUUCUGCACUCUAUUGGAAGGCCUGAAAGGAGGCAUUUUUCAAUCAAGAAUGAGGAAAUAUAUAGGACAUCACUUGAAAAAUCAAUAGCAACACUAUCUGUUAUCAAUUCUUAUGUCUGCAUACAACUCUGUUAUUAGCUCAUGUCUAAAAUCAAUGCAUCAUUAUGGGAACACUAGUUAUCACAAUGCAUCAAUGAUUUGAUGCAUCAUUACACUCCCUUAAGUAUUGCUGAUCAAAUAAUUUACCCCAAUUUAUCAAAUAUUAUGAAUGGAUUAGUUUUCUGUUGCUUUGUGCUGUAUACACAGCCUAUAUGUGUGAAAGAAGCAUGGCCAAGUAAUCUGAACACUAAAUUCUGGGACUGGUUUGAAUGGUCCUCCAGCCAUCACUGUAUUUGUUUCCCAUUUUUCACUGAGUUCAACUCCCAGUGCUCAUAUGAAAAUAAGUUUCUCAUUCAAAAGUAAAUUAAACUCAUUUUCAUAAGCAUGAAUGGCUGUGCACCAAGCCUAGCUUUGAUAAAGAGGGCAUAGAGCAACUCAGCAGGAAGCCAUUUAUUUUGGGUGGAGGAAUAAGAGUGAUGGGAGAGUAGAAUAAAAUCUGUUAUCUCUUACUGAGUGAUCAGAGUGCAGGGAAUAGGUGGACAAGGGAAAAAAAUAAUGAUGCAAAUCCCUACGGUAUGCCUGUUAGGUGAAGAUUGGGCGGCAAUCAGCAUGUACAUGUCCAUUGACUCUAGUUAAUUGUGGCUUCAUUUCUUACAAAUUAUGUACAUUUAUAACUGCAUACCUGUAGUUUCCAGGACAUUUGUUUUACUGCAUGAUUGUUUUUGUCCACAUCAUCUAGCUUCGACCCUGAUCCAAAGGUACGCAACACAUUCUGGACACUGACAAUUGGAGGAGCAUUCACUGCCAUGCCAGUUUGGACAGUCAGUCAGACAGCUGUUCAACGUUUCCUGGCAAUACGGACAUUUAGGGAUGCUAGAAGGUGAAGAAAAAGUUAACUAAAAAGUAUUUACGGUAAAUAGGUUGAGUAUUGUUGUCUGGGUGAAUGUAGUCCAAAAUACAUUUAGGACUGUUGUUCACAGUGACUGAUGUUUCGACAACCUGUGCGGUAGUCAUCUUCAGAGUCAAAGUGAGUUGUAUCAUGUCAGUUGAUACUGUGUGUCACAUUUGGUAUCGUAUUUAUCAGCUCGUAGCUAAUAGCUAGGGGGAUCUUAGCGUGCCCGCAAUUCUCCCUGGGGGAGACUCCCAUAUAAAAGUAAGGGGGCUGCUCAUUGGAAAAAUAACAUUAAACCCUAAGGGGGGACCAAUGUCGGUGCGGCUCAAGCUUAGACUGACCUCUAAAGGAGACCAUUCUAACAGACAUCACAGCCUUUUUGGAAAUAUCUUUAUGCACAGCUCUAAGCGAUACCCGAAUGAGCAAAUACAGUGACUUUCCAUCCCAAACACUCUAAGUGGGACCACAAUCUGCAAUUUACAUCCGUAAGAGAGAUGACAAGCAUCCCUGUCACUUUUAUAUGGUAGUCCCUCCCCCCACCCUUCCCGGGCAAUCCCCUUCCCCCUGUAUAUAACGAAAAAGUACAAAAACUGUAAUGGGAUUGAGUGGUGUCCAACUCAGUCUGUAAAGAUACGAGUGACUAGCUGAAUUGGACGACCACAUAUCAAUUGCCUGAUUUGCUUAACCAUGGGUAUGAUGAGAAGUGGUGAGAGGACUGAGUGAAAUACAAUCAGGGAGUAAUAAAACCCAUGUUUAGUACUACUAUAGGCGAAUCUUUGCUGACAUCAUAGUUUACAUUUUUCCUCAUUAGCAUACGACUUACAGGUAACUCAUAGAAGCCGCAGCCGUAUAUAUGAACUAAAUGUAAAAGUCGAAAGAGCUGAUUAAAUUGAGCAAUUUGUGCAAUUUUCACCUCUUUGCAAGCAUUAUUGAAGGAAACAUCAGCCAUCAAAAACUGUGAAAUUGCUGGGUGGCAAAAUAUUUCAUGGGCUAUACAUUCUCUGUAAAAUUUUGAGUUUUUAGAAGAGAAUUUCUCCGAAACCAUUUGGUGUAUAGGGCUCAAAUUUUCAGAGAUAACUGAAACUGUCAUGCCCUUUCAAUAUUCAGAGUUUUUAUUUUAUUAGCGUCAUCAGAUAGUGAUAAGCAUAUGUUAUUAUGAGGCAAAAAGUGUAAACAAAGAUUCGCCUAUACUGCAGUAACCUGUGGCAGGUACAAAACACAGGUCACAGGUGCAGGUUACUGCUCUGCUCAUAAAUAACUGAGAUAAGCAGUUUCCGCUUAAGCUAAAACUCUAUUUCAGAUUCAGGACUGAGUGACCUGUACUCUAACCUGCAUUUUAUUGUGACCUCUGACUUGCAUUUUACAUUUUGUACCUGCCACAGUAACAAUCAGUAACCUGCCUUACUACAGGGCACUUUUUGCAUAAACCAUAAUUUCUUACCUAAAGAAAGCUAUUUAAAGAACAAAAUAGACCACUUUGAUUGGGAAAGUAAAUUAAAAUUGGUGUAAAAAUACGCCAAAACCUCUAGACCAAGGAAUACAUCAGAUAGCAUGUUGUGAAGUGAGAAAUUUAAACUUAUUAAAACUUUUCUGUUAUUGCUUUGUUAUUCAAUGACAUGCAAAUGAGUAUUAGGUGCUUUACCAGCAAUCCAGCACUGAGGUUGGUUUCCAGCACAACAGAUCACACGCCUUGACACGUGCUACUCACUUACAGUUUCGCAAACCAAUGUCAGUCUUAAAAAAGCGAAAAAUGUCGAUUAAAUACUAUCAGAGUUAUCUGAUACACUUACACAAAUCUCCCAGCACACUUUCGCUUUUCCUCGUUGUGCCUGAAAUAGGGCGGAACACAGAGCAAAUCGGUAAAUCAAGCCGCCAUUUUGAGGGACCAGGCUCAAAACAUUCGUUCCCAGAUUCCUUCGAAACAGACACCACUGGGGUCCAGCUCUUCCCCCACCAGUGCGUGGUCUCGCGCGCGGGAUUACCGCACAGGGCACCCACACAAUCUGUUUUCCUUAACAAGAGGAACAGUGAACAGCGAACUCAAAAUCCUUUACAAUCGCUCAAAAUAUACCACUUGUCAGGCAAAAGGACGACAAUUUACCGCAGGUAAGAUAACACAACGUUUAUUUAGCUUUGAUACAUGCACAUAUUUAGCGAUAUACCUCUACAGAUAAAGCAAAUUAAAACAGUAAAUGCAGUACAUUUACGAUAAUUACAUCGGUUACACAAACAGAUUGUGUGGGGACCCUGUGAUUACCCUAGCCUGUGUACAGCCGCCCCCUCAGAAAAAAUCGGAGAAAGGCGAUUUUUUUCUGAGGUGAGGGGGCGUCUGUACACACUGUACAUAGGCUAGAUUACCCACGCGUAGUUAUUAGACUUAUAUGGUUGGGAAGAACUUGCAAUUUCCUAUUCUUUUUUUGAAGGGCGGUCUGGCUUAACAUUCCCGGCUUGAUUAUCAUUGUCACGUUGUGUUGUUUGGACGGGCUGGUUAUUUUCGCUGUAUACUCAGGAUGUGAUCUUAGGGUUCAAGGAAAAAUCACCAGCAAUGAUCAGGUAUAUAAAUUUGGAGUGAAAAUGCAGGGAUCUGCCUUUCAUGAUUUUUCUUUUCUUUUCUAAUCCACAACAGAAUGGGAAUUAGGUCUAACUGCCUCAAGUACAUCUGCUGCAGAUUUGAAAGAAGCCACCGGUGUUAACUCAACAAAACUUUUGAACAGUAAUUUCAGAGUAGCUAUUGGUUAAGACUCUAAACCAAGAGCAACAUUCCUAGAUUACACUUGUAGGUUAGACUAAAAAUUUACAUGACCAGGAGUCUAUGGUAAUGGCUUCGAAAUGACCUUGGUAAUCUGUUAUAUUCAAAAAUUCGAUAACAUCUAUUCAUUCAUUUAGUCACUUAUUCACGUGUUCGCUUUGUAGACACUCCCAUACUUCGUGAUAAACAAGCUUGGUCACCUGAAAGGACUGCCGGGAAUGUUUACAGCAUGUCUCUACGCUGGAGCUCUCAGGUAACUCAGUGAAAGUCAACAGUUAACAUCCUGUGGCAUACCCAUCGUAUUACAAGUUUUACCGCUUAAUUAAUAGGUAAACCAGUAUAGAGUUAAUUUCCCUUAGAAGGUGUAUAGAAUGGCAAAUUGGAGGCUUUGCGCGACUGCGAGAGAAAAAUCUGAGCCCGAGACUCUAAGCAGCGAAAAUUUCUACGUAAUGCUACAAAACAACUAAAGAAAAUGACCGAAAAUGCCAAUGGAAGACUGUCUUAAUAAUCUACCAGCUCAGUUCGAAAAGCCGUACCCAUGAACUCUGAAAAAUUCGACUCCUUAAGACCAUACAGAAAGAAAAGAAGACAAAUCCGAGACGCAAAAAUCACCCGAAAACGAGACUUCGAGACCCAUCAAAAACGCUUCCAAGAUUUCGAAACCGGGCCAAAAUUUUCCGAGACACACGUUUUUCGAGCUACUAUGAAGUAGGUUUCAUUUUUGGCCUGAAAAUGUUUUCACGUGACAUAGUAUUGUCUGGAAUUUUCCCACUAAAGAUUAUUAAAUGUAGCAAUUCUCUUUCAUCGAUAAAGAUAUGCUAUUUGAAAGGAAAGUGCUAAUCGUGACGCAGUGGCAUGGUUCAUCGAACCGCAAGCUCAAAAUCUCCGCAGUUUCAAAUAGCCUGAAGUCGCCCGAAGCCGAAUUAUAUAUCGCCAUCUUGUUCCCAGGGCCUUUCCGGGAACAGAGAAGAAGAAAGACCCUGGAACGACAUUAGGUUUUCUGCGGUUAUCUGAGAAAUUAAUAGAGGAUCCGUCAUUUGUUUCAAUAGCACAGCGUCUUCCGCACUGAAUGCCAUGGCUCUUGUGUGCUUGGAAGAUAUCGUGAAAAAGAAGGUCCCAGAUAUUACUGACAGUGACGCUGCAAAGCUAUGCAAGAUUAUUGGUAAGUUAAAUUAAAAGAGAGGGUUAAGUUAAAAAGGGUAAUUGCUCAUUUAAUUAGCUUACCUAUUCUAUGGUGAUUUUUUCAUUAAUAUUCAAGUACGCGUUUUGGCGAAUCUGUCAUAUUAGGUCAUUUUGACCUACGCGCAAGCAAUGUUUCAAGAAUGCGUAUUCAGUAGAGUGAGAUAACGAUAUGAUUGCAGUAUGCGUUAGUCGACUUCAUUACUUUCCAAGAACUUCCAAAGGCCUCCUUAAUACUAAGAAGAUAAUGUGUGGAGCUGUGGUGGUUGAAAUGGAUAACGUUUCUCUGAAUUGACAUUUUCCGAACGAGUGAAGUUGGCUAUGAAAAUCGUGGCGCACACGCCUAAGACACACACAAAUAAGGAGGCACGUUUUUUACUCAACUCAACUGAGUCCUCUCUGGCCUCCGUGAAGUUAACACGUAAGGCUGCAAAAAAGUCCUUCGACCUACCCCUAUCUCUUGGUCCACAGUUCUCCCCCAUGUUGUUGCUAGCCGUCCUUAUGUCCUUUGAAAGCUGGUUACUUGUUGGUAAAUCCCCACUAAGUGUACAAUAUUUGUUUUCAAUCGUCGUUUUCGUUAUCCCCAGAAAGGGAAGUCAAAUUGACAGGCGAAGAUUGUAUAAACAUUGAAGCGAAACGUUUUACGCGACGAGAAGCCGCGAAGGAGAUGAGAAUGAAAUCAAAGUUUUGUUCCCGCGCGAACUACCUCACCAGCUAAUAGACGCACGGCACUGGUAUACACGUGUCUGGUGGUGGAGACCCGUGUAACAAACAUAUGAGUUUAAGUCACAUUUUACUAACGUCGUAUUCUUUUUAGCCCUUUCGUUCGGAGUCGUUGUUAUUGGAGGAGCUUUUGUGGUGAAAUACGUAGGCACCAUGGUCUUGCAGGUUUGUCUAAUCUUUAUCUUGAUUGACCUUUUAUUUCGAAUAUUAAAUAAUAAUUCUCCUUGUUUUUCCCAUACAUUGCUUGUACUUCUGCUCGGGACAAUUGACAGGUUGAUCUUGACAGUUCUAACCUCCUCUCCUAAGUUUUCCCGCGCUUUUUUUGGCCACAUGUAUUUGCUUCAAUAUCUGAUUGGUUGAUAUGAAUUUCACAAAUACAGCAGAUUGGCCAGAGUAAGUAAGUGCGCAAAUUAAUUGAAAAUCCCUUUGUCAUAUAGUCUUCAGGUGAGCGAGAAAAUCAAUGUCGAUAUUUAGACUGGACGCUGUUGUACAAAAUUAUUCCUACAAGUGCAUCAGGCUGCGAGACUUAGGAUAAUAGAGGAAGGAGAAAAAGUAAUUAAGUCACUUGACGCGUUGUUUUCCGGGUGACCUUAACAUUCCUAUUGUUGCUUCCUUGUUUUAGUUGGCGUACAGCAUUUUUGGAAUCUGCGGUGGGCCUCUGUUAGGAAUAUUUUUCCUUGGAAUGUUUGUCCCUCGAGCAAAUUCCAAGGUAUGCAAUGCAAACAACCCUCACCUCUCUCCUUUUGCAGGCAGUGAAAUGUUUUUCUUGUUAAGGUCCCAACCCUCUUCACCGGUCUUGCCACAAGGUCUACGUGGCCUUUAUGAUCUACACCAGCCUCACUGCUUCAUACUGCAAAGGGGUGUUCACAUUACCGGUGAAUUGAAGUCAGUUUGUGCAGUUCUUAGUUAUCAGGGGCACCCAACGACGAUUUCCUCCUAAAUACACUGAAAACGCUUUUUAAAGGCUUUCCAGAGUAUUUUUAGAUCUCUAGGAAUGCAUUCUAAGCGGCGCUAUAAAAUUUGUAUCUGUUUGGUCAUCCUAGAGGAACUUAAGACUUUUCGAAAUUACAAGGGCUUCAGUAUUACUUUCACCAAAAUUUUAGAUGCAAUUUAACGUAUUAUGAAAGUGAGAACUUUUCUGAUUCCUCUUUACAUCACAGUUUUUAAUCCGAAAAGUUUAGGUUUCUUUUUUUCUACGAAAAAUAGCCCAACCUGGGGAGUGAAAUGUGAAAAAUUAGUUUUUAUGCAGUACCCUAUUGAAAACCACAUAUUAUAACAUAGCGCGCGUGCUUGCCCUAUAUAAGUCCUAUUGAGCCGCUAUGAACAAAAUCUUUAUUUACGCACGCCCGUGCGUAAAUAAGAUGACGUAAGCAUUUUUUUUUUACCUGGCUGCAGAGUUGUCGUCUUUUAAGCUGCAGUGCAGUUUUCCUUCUCUUUAAAAUAUGGAAGAAACCAGCGAAGAACUGCCCAAUUUUUCUAUCGGCAUUGACCUUUUAGGUCCUGAUCCAACAAGCAGCAAAAAUAGAGCCGAAUUAAAACAAACUCACUUGUUGCGCGUUUCGCAAAUUUGUCGGAAGACCAGCUGCAGCACAUUUUGGCCGCAAAACAUUCACUGGGAACAGAACAGACACCAACUGGUCAUCAACAACAUUAAGAGGUUAAAUUUCCGUUUUUAUUGUUGUUUUUAUAUCUCUGGACAAUCCGACUGAGGCAGGAAGAUUUCACUCGCAAUAACAACACAAAUCACACAAGAAGACAUAAAUUUAUUACUCACAAAAACAACUGCUGCCAGGUCUUCUCAAGAAGCCGUAAUGACCAGCCAAUGUUUGUAAAUGAAUAUGAGUUUAAAGAAGGAUGACAGUUGUCUUCACUAAAAACAUGUUUUCUGGAUUUCGCCGAGCAAAACGUAAACAUCUUUUCAGCAAAUCCAAACCAUACUCCACGACUUCUUACGAACAUGUUAGUAUUUUAACUUUAGGUGAACUUUAAGACUCUUUUACCUUUGUUUCUGCUUAGUUUCCAUUGAUCGUUAACGAAUAAAGAAGCAAAUUUUCUUUCUCAGUUUUACAGAAAAGCUAUAGAAAGAAUAUUUUCAUUCAAACUAGAUGAUUGUGGUGUGUUCGUAAUCAGCCAAUAGAAGCGUUUGUUAUUGUGUAGCGCGUUACGAGAAUUUUGUAGUUAAUCAAAAAGCAAGCAUUUUUGUCAGCUAUGUUAUAAAAGAAUUUGCUCAUGCUUUUAGCUGUGCGUAUGUCGAGUUAUGGAUGCACUUGGGAAGUUUGGAGAGCACUCAAGAAGCUAGAGUUGCACUCGGCUAUCGCCUCGUGCAACUCUUACGCAUCUUUCGUGCUCUCCAAACUUCCCGCGUGCAUCCAUAACUCGAUAUACGCACGCUAAGCAUGAACAAAUUCUUAAAUGUGACAUAGGCCAUCUGUAAAAAAAACUUUCUUCUUCUUCUUUUUAUUAUUAUUAUUAUCAUUAUUAUAACCUCGCCCUCCCUCUUUUACAGUUGGAUUGAUUUUGUUAUCACUAGUUCUCAUAUUUGUUCCGCAUUGUUUCUUAAAUUGCCCAGCUUGUACCUUGUUUUUUAAAAAACAAAAAUUCAAUUCGGCCCGGGCUCCAAUAGCCUCAGUUUUAUCAGUCGAGAGACUGUUUGGCGUAGACUGCGAGAAGUCGCUCUUUUUCUUCAGAUUUAGUAAGGGGAGUGCACGCGCGCGAGAGAGUUGAGCAGCUGAGCCACGAGACGCGAGAAACGAGGGCGCCUUUAGUCAUGAGCGUAGUCAUUUGAGUGUCUUGAGCGAUUUGCUCGAUGGACCAAGAAAAAAGAGAGACUGUUCGUAGUCUAGUUCGGCGAAGCACCCUCGUUAAAUAAAAUUAAUCGAUAAUUCCAGCAUUCCUUUACUAAGUAAUUCCCCACUUAAGGAAACAAAAGCUAACUGGGCCGUGUUGACUUUCACGAAGACUUGGGGGAUUGUUACUAGGGACAGGGGAAAAAAUUGGCCAAUAGCUGAACGGCGCGUUCGGCACCAGAUCCCUUAUCGCUUUUUAGAAUGGCGUAUUCAUUACUUCUUUCACUGUUAUUCCAGGGCGCUUAUUUUGGAAUAUUCAGCGGCGCCAUUAUGACAACAUGGGUCUUUGUGGGGUCCGUAUUAUAUCCACCCAACAAGUACCCAGGCCUUCGCUCAGUUCAGGAAUGUGACUUCUUCACUGCCAAUACUACCUUUAUAAAUGGUACCCUUAGCAACUCAUCGGCUGCAUUUUUCAAGGAAAACAAUAUCAACCAAAACGGAUAUAUAUAUAACCCAUACAAAGGACACAGGUAGAGUACCUGUACAUCAUAGCUAUAGCCUGUGCCAGGAGUUCAGAUUGCGGGGACGGCGCAUAGAGAUGUGAGCAGGGAAAACAGCGAGGAGGGUGGUGUUGGGGUGAGAACGUUCCCGCUCUCUGACUUCGCGCCGCACUCCACUAUCUGAACGCCUGGAACACGCUACUAUAACUGUCACUUACGUUGCAAUGGUGGAUUCAGACCUUAAGGUGCGCGGGGGGGGGUGCGUUGUCAAGGUGGAACGAAAAGUCCCUGCGCCUUGGCUUUACUGGUCUCGGUUUUGGUGUAAAAAUGAAAAAUAAGAGUGGGGGGCGGAGCUACUCUCCAUAGACAAGUUUUAAAACAAUCCUGAACAAGAAAUAUCGUGGGAAAACUGUCCGUUGGGUUUCAUUUCAAUAAAUAUAUAAUAUGUAUUUUUUAAAGUUUAUGUAUUCCAUAUAUGUCUUCAAAACAAGAGCAAAAUGUGGACUGACAAUUUCAAGACUUUCUUGCCCUGACCAAUGAAUGUUAUCAUCAAAUUGGUCAGAUAUUUACUUGAAUCAGUGCUAAAUCGUAUGCCACACAGGUACUUUAACAGAUACAAUAUAACCAGUCGCGCAUGCGCUACCUUGAGUCCUUGAGUAAGGCCCCAUCAUGGAAUUACUGUAUGGGCAAAAAGUUUAAACGAAAUUAAUAUAUAGCUGGAAAUUUCUUCCCAACAGCGCGUGCUCUCAUUGGUUUCUUCGAGGACACACGACAUCUAACAAUGAAACUGUUUCCCGCCAAAAUCUCUGAGCGGGCAACAUUGCAAAAUCUGUGACGUUAGAGGGUAACAACGUACUGCUGCCCGCGAAUGUUGACCGACGACCGCUGCAACAGCGAGGUCUAAUAAAUUUCCACCUAUAUAACAAAUCACUUAAAGACUGGUCCCUCGGAAAACAGUUAAUUUUGUUUCCCUCCAAUCUCAAUGUUUCCUCGGGACCAGUCAUUAAGUGUUUAAUGUUACAUGAAUACGUAGAAUUUAUAUGAGAAAUUCUACUCAUGCGCAAAAAACCAAAGUCAGCGUUGCUGCCUCCACAACGUAAAAUUUAAAUCGAUUGAAUUAUGUUUUACUUUUAGUGCGGGUAUUGCUGAUUUCUACAGCAUGUCAUACCUUUGGUUUAGUGGCUUGUCCGUUAUCGUUUCCUUUGGUGUUGGGAUCAUAAUGAGUUUGAUUUUAGGUGAGUUGAUAACCUGCCAAUACAGCCAUCUCUCGUCGUUCUUUAGCGAUUCACAGGCUAGUGAGUUAGGGAAUCUGUCAAGUACUGAAUUUCAGUUUACUUGAAAAAUUGCCCCUCCUCAGUUCUCUCAUUAGACACACAUAAGUAAAGCUCUAUUCAAAGAGAGCAAAAUGCAAGGCUUUCAAUCGCAGGCUAUUUGCUUUCUCGCUACCUUAUUUAUUAAAUUGCAUGUUUUUUCUUUGCUUUAACUUAAAGAGAGAAAAGAAGACAAAGAAAGAGAGAUUGAUCCUAGGUUGCUGUUCCCUCUGAAGGAGUGGUGUCUCUCCUUCCUUCCUGGUCACUCAUUUCAAUGGGACUUUGAGGAAGAAGAAAAUGAACGACUGCAAAAAGAAAAGGAAGAAGAAAUGAAGCCACUUCAUGAGAGGGUAAGAAAAAUGAUAAUGAUGACGAUAACGACGAUAAUGAUAAUGAUGAUGAUGAUAAUGAUGGUCAUCAUCAUCAUCAUCAUCAUCACGAUCAUCGUCAUCAUCAUCAUAACAGUCUUGGUGGCGGUGUUGAUAUUGGUGACGAUAACGGUGACGGGCAGAUGAUGAUGGAAACGUUGGUAUAGUAAUGGUGGUUAUCGUGAUGUGGACGUUGAAGAAGGUGAUAAUGAUCACAUCUUUUUUAGUCAGAACAUUACUAAGCACAUCAACUAGUUUUUUGUCGCUUUAGCAAAAUGAAGUGCACUUUGCCCUCGCACACGCCAUGAUGAUCACACCAUGACCACUCACAAAAUCAUCAUAGUAUAACAAUCAAUGUGUGAAUUGCAUACCUUGCAGGAAAUCAAGAUAAACUGGGAUGAAGCCCCACCACUCCAGGAGCCUGGUGAAAAGGAGAAGACCUCAAUGGGAGACAUGUUCACCAACGAUCUACUGGCAAAUGAUUCUAAAUUGUGAUGUCAUCAAUUCGCGUCUUUGGAAACGGAAAGGAUUUGGAGCGAAAACGUGACACGCAAUUGUUUCCGGGAUCGUUACAAGGGACGCGCAGUCAGCUAGAGAACAUUUUUCCCGGUCCCAGAAGUCUUUGCGAACGUUAAUUCAACCUAGUAUCCUUCUCGUUUCUAAAGUGUCGAAUUUUCUCCCGUAUUAUGCGUUUUCGUUUUUGUUUUUCAUUUAUUCUGUGGCUUCGUACCGAUAAUCCUUGAGCGUGUAAUAGUAACUCCAGAUUUCUAUUUCCAAAUGUAAAUAAUCGUUUUACUGAGAGUGUCUCAUGUGUGUCAAAAGUAACAAAAUAUUAUAUCCUGGUUGAUUUUUUCCUUUAAUAUGGGGGACUUGGGGGUAUUUUAGCGAUAAUUCAAGGCUAGAAGGUCAGCGAAGGCCUGUUUUGUAAGCAUUCCCGAUUAGCUAUCCCUUACUACACAGACUACCCAAGCCAAGAACUUGGCCCAAUUUGCGGCUCAAACAGUUUGUUUUGCCUGGUUUUAUUUCUGCUAACGCUACUCAAUAUUAUCGUAGAGCUAUAAGAAUGGAUGCUUUAUCAGUAGUUAAGAAGUCGAUUUUCACAGGUCUGUACUGAAAUUUUUAAACGCCUUUGCUCAUUCAAGCAAUGUAAUUACCAUCAAAUUUGUGCUUGCAUUGAAAUAAAAACUUUCACGCCCGGGUUGCCCGCAGGCUGUUAAUUUUAUCUUAACACAGGAUUAACCUUUGAAACACGUCAUUCUUGUCUAGGAAUGUAAGCUAAUAGACCUUUUUACCGAUACGGCGGCCAUAUUGAAUUAAUUCGAUUCAAGAAGUAUUACUAUUAUCAUACUCCUUAUAUCGAAUUAAUUCAAUAUGGCCGCCGUAUCUGUAAAAAGGUCUAUUUGUAGCUGGAGCAAAUAAUAUAAACUGGAUCCAGCCUUUGCAUAGCCUGCGCCACAGACCAAACUAAACUUCUGAUUCGGGAUUGAUUACCUUUACCACGCAGGCAAGCCUUUACACUGAGACCCACACUCGUUCCCAGGGUUCUCUCGAAGCAAGAGAGUGAACCCUGGAAACGAGGUUGACAGAGACCCAUUUAUGGGACGAAAAGACUGUACAAAGACCAGAACAAAGUUUAACCAAUUGGACUCUCUUGAAUUGUGGGUUUGCGCCAUGAAUUGCUCGUGUGCACCUGCUUCGCAGGCUAAAGAUCGAGUUGACGGGCCUCCAAGCUAAUCUGAACCUUAAUUAAAUAGUGGAAACCCAAUAUAACUCUAAACAGGAGCCUAUGACUAUGGUAGUGGGCUCGUGCUCUAAAUUACUAAUUCGCUUUAGAGGGUUGAAAAAUGGAACAACGGAAAUUUUCUAGUUGGAAUAAUGAAAAUAUGCUCUUUUUCGAGGGUAAUAAUAGACUAACGAAACAGUUUUCGAGAGGGGAUAAUGAAACAAUGAACACCUUAUUUGAUUAUUGCUCUUCGCCCCCUCAUUUCAAUCCGUGUAAACCCCGUCUUUGCUCUUCACCGCCCCUCCCCCCCUCCCCCAUGGUAAUCCGUGUAAACCCCGUCUAUCGGCCCAUGGCCUCACCGCAAAUCCUUGAAGAUCCCUUAAUCUCUUCUGAAUAGUUUUGUGUGUUAAAUCUAUAACAGAGUGUGAAGAUCUUUUGCUUUUACUAUCACCGUUUUGAAAGUACAAAAAUGCUAGGCUACAAUGUAUGCGUAUACCCUGUUACACGGCCCACGCUUUCGACGAGACUGCGUGAACUUUGUUCUGCUACUACAAAGGAAAUUAAAUGCGUCACUUCCUCCAAAAGCCAAAAUACAGGUUAUUGCAAGCCUCGAUAUUCUUUUUUUUUUCCUUUAGAUAGCUUUACUGUGAAUCGUGACUUCUGGUUUCUUCCUAUCUUGUAUAUGCUGACGAGGAAAUCAUGACGGAAAACUCAGUGCAAAACUACUACUCUAACUUUUCAAUGGUUAUGACCCAUAAGCAAAUACGGCAUUCCACCAAAAGACUCGCAAAUAUUAGCUGUUGUACACGCACGUGACUGCAAAUGUUAGUGGGAUAUACUAGAAAAUUUGUUGAGGUUUUCUGAACCCGUGACACUCAUAGCAGGUCUGUCACAGCCUGGGGAUAACUAUUAUCGAGUGCAAUCAGUACACGUAGAAACAGUUCAAAUACCUUUCCUAAAUUCAUAAUGCUUCACUGUGUCAAAAAGUGGGCUUUAAUCGAGUGUGAAUCAGACGACUAAUUCUCCCGGAAGUCAAACCAACUUGAUCAAGUCUUGACCUGUUCCCAGCUGUGGAUUAAUUCUGCUGUGGGAAGCAUAAUUGCAAAAUGAGACUAGGGAUGUGACGAGUUAAGCAGAAAUGAUUUUGGAUUUACAAACAAUUUGGCUAAGGAUGAAGUCUUACGUUUCUGUGGUGCCAGUCAAUUAUUCAUAGAGAAAGGCGGGUUUAGAUAAUUAUUUCCCUAGUGUGGCUUUUCCCUAUACUUCGUGCGAUGUGUCAUAAAUCGCGUUAAGCUAUCUCAAAGGAGAGCAGCCUCGUUCUUCUAUGUAAAAGCAAUUUACUCGUCGAUUAGACAAAUAAAUCCACCACUUUCUUAAUCAAUAUUUUACUUUAGUUCAAGCAAUUAUUUUACAAUGAGAAAAUGUUUGACUGAUAGCGUGCUUCCAAACAUAGAACAGUUCAAGUGUUUCUACACGACUUGUUUCCGGCACCAGCGGUCAGGGUGUGAAUUCGUCAAGGAAUGUCUGCAAUCAAUACUGGCUUACUGCCAGACUAACUUUAACUAAACAUGACAAGAACAAAGGAUUAUCAUUCGCUGAGACAAUGACGAGACCUUGGCUAUUUGACGCAAGAGGUUGAUUAAUGUCAGUAUUAUUGUGAAAAAACAAAGCCAAAAGAGCGGCAACAGCAAAAAAUAGAUGUCACCCAGACAAGUGUUGACAGAUUCGCAUUUGAAUCCAGCUGUGAACGAAUGACGUUUUGUUGCUCUUGGUAUUUUUGCCUUGCAGUGAAUGUGCACUCGGUCUUGACUCCGAUCACCGGAAUAUCGAACAUCCGUCACGUUUUUUCACUCUUUCUUUCCAUGAAAUAACUUUCAGUAUCAGAUCACAGGCAAAGCUGGUUUAAUACUGACUGUAAUACGCAUCAAGGUCAACCACUUGAUGUUCGCUUUGAAUUUGAAGGGGCAAAACUCGUAAACAAGAUCAGCAAAAAUUUUCUUCAACAAUGAAAUUCGCCGAGGACUACUUGGUUUUCGCCAUAUCUCUCUUAUUUCCAAUCGCUGCGGGAGUAUUCUUUGCUUGUCGCGGAGGACAAAUAACCACGAAUGAAUUUCUUCUGGCGAACAAGAAACUAAGAAGCUGGCUCGUUGCACUAUCGCUCGUAGCCAGCUACUUUUCGUCCCUCCUUCUACUGAGUACAACAAACGAGGUUUUCACACAUGGAGCGCAGUUUAUUAUUUUAGCUAUACUGUCCUACUGGAUCGUAGCAGGAGUGGCCCAUGUUCUUUUUAUUCCUAUGUUCCAUCGGAUCAAAAUAACCUCUGUUAACGAGGUAAGUGCCUAUUUAAUUUGUUUUUGUUUAAAUCUUUUGUUUUGACUUGGCGAAUAAUUUUAUGAUUUAGGUGUCUAGGAAGAAUUCACAAUUUGCUUUAUUAUUUCUGCAGUAGGUUCGAAAUUGUUUUCUAAACUCAGAAUAUAUUACAUCAUGUAUUUAGCUGGCAUUUCGUGAUAGACCUUUGUACCAUUCGUGAUGUGAAAAUGACAUGACAUUGACAAAUCUAUUCCAAAUAUCUUGGCAGAAGUUCAAAAUAUGGUUCAUGAAACAAAUGAUCUAUUUUCUCCUUCUUAAACAACAAAAAGGUAAUAACUUUUUAUUGCAGGAGGACUUUUUGCUUGUUGUGUUUUCUAGUUGUUUUCGUUUUCAAUCGCCCUUGUCUUUUCUAAAUAUCUAUCUAUAUUUAGACCAGGGCACGCUAUUUAAGGCUGCUGCCAAAAAGUACAUGAAACCAAGUGGAAUUAUUGGAUGAAUAGGUAAAAAACAUAAAAUUUAGAAUAACGAAGUCAGAAAGUAACCGGCAAGAAAACCACUAAUUGCGCAAGAUUAAAAUCUUCUGGAAACGACAAGAGUUUCCGAUGAAUCGACCGCGAUAUGUAUUCAAGUAUAGCGUGACCUGAAGCCUAUAAUUAAAUACUUUAUCUCAGUAAAUUUGAGGGUGGAAAACAUUUUCUUUAAAUACUAGUUACCGAGGAAAAUUCGGAUAGGGAGUUAUCGAUCCCAAUAACUCGUUAUAAGGCAACAAACCAAACGCCAGAAAGAGACAACUAUAGCAAAAGCAACUGCACAUUUUAAAAUUUGCAUUUCUAUGUACAACAAGCAAAGCAAGGCCUCUGCUUAAUCGGGUUUAUAUGAGCUUCUUUUGACUCUUUUUUUCAACAAAUAGGCCCUUGAAUUAGUCAAAUUGCUUCCAUAUACACUUCACUACAAUCUCAAACUAAGACGGAAGCAUUUUCUCCCCAGUAGAGCAGAUUAUAGGCUUGGUACACCAUUCACCGAGUUACCUAUGACGUGCAUUGACGUAUCAUUAAUACCGGAUCUCUUAAUUGUCAAAAUAUUAAUAAUGCAGUUAUCAUAAGCUUUUUUAAAUAACGUGAUAAAACAGAACGCUGAGUGGCACGUGAGUGGCAUACGUUUUUGUCAAUGCCGGGUCCCUGAAUGGUCCAAAUAUUACUAAAAAAUGCAGUCAACAUAAGCUUUUAUAAUUGAAUGAAACGAACCGCUGGUUAGCACGUGAGCGGCAUACAUUAUUUUGCCUCAUUGAAUAUUGUCCCACCCAACCUCGUUGAUUAGAAUUUCUGUUCUUUCCCAUUAGUACUUGGAGGCGCGUUUUUCUUCCGGUGUGCGCUACGUUGGAGCCACCCUAUUCACUGUAACCUACGUAAGUAUUACUGGUUUCGAACUAGUUAAGUUUCCAUCACUCGAAUCAUUAUGAUAACAACCAACUCAAGAAUCUCUUCUUAGUUUUGUCUUGCCUUUACAACGGUCCUAUGGAGCUGGAAAUAACUUUUUUAAUUCUUUACUACAACACUUCAUUACACAUUUACACACAAACGGAAAAUAAAAAGACAAAAAAAAGUACAAAAGGUACAAAAUUAUCAUUAACUUCAUACAUAGAAAUAGUGCAAAAAGCUUACUUAAUAACAGAGGUAGCAUUCACUAUAAAAAGAAAAGAAAGCUAAUAUAUACAAAGGAAUUAUCCGAGGGGCAUAAAGUAGAACGGCGUCAGAUGGAAGUAACUUGAAUCUUUCAUCAUUUGUUCUAUCUACAGCCUUUUUCUUCUGCGUUAAAAAACAUGUCAUCUCAGCAGACUCUCAGUAAGCAUGCACAGAGCAAGUCCUCGAUUCAAAAUUUAUUUUCACGAUCUUAUUUUUUCUUAUAUAACACUUUACUUAUCCAACACUGGAUACCUAAGCAGGUUCCUGCGUUUGACACUGAACAAAAAAAAACAUUAAAAAACUGAACUCAUUAAAAAUCUUUUUUUUUUCCAUCAGUUGAAAGGAAACUUCAAACAAACCUGAAUCGGCUGUAAAAGACCCUCAUUUUUUCCCUUUUUGCAGAUCCUAUACUUAUGUGCGGUGCUGUACGUCCCGUCUCAAGCAAUAAGCAUGGGUAAGAUAUUAUAAGCUAACUAAGCCUAUUACACCUUUACUUUACUUUACACUCAUUGCAAGUCACUGUUUCUUUAAGUGUCUGUCCGGGUCGAAAGUUUUAACUUUCGCACAUUUGACCCUUUCACUCAUCCAGCCAUGAACGGACUGAAUUAUUUUCAAGCUUAUAGCUAAAAUUGUUUUAUUAGAAAUUACUUUCUGGCUUCUACGUUUUGAGCCUGUGAACGAACUUUAACAGUUCCUUACAACAAGAAAUUUAGUACCUGUUUGAAUGAGAGUUUUGGCACAUUUGGGGGUGGAAACAGGCAGCUCCCCUUAUCUACCAAACCCUUUUAAAGCUCUGUUAAAUAGAAAUACUCAGUUAAAGAUGUUAGUUUGAAAGCACUAUCAAGCAAGCAGCUCUACUGCGCGGCGGCUAUAUGGCGGGAACUAGUUUUUGCGACUGUGGAAGACUGGUUUUCCUUGCUAGGGAUUUAUUAAUCUUUCCAAUUUUCGGGAAGUCGCGUUCAACUAGAAACACGACACUUUCGUAAGCGCCACCCUACUGACACUGGUAUAGGAGUAAUAAGAUUGAGGCAACACUAUACCUGAUAGGUUUUCGUGCCGAUUCAAAAAGCUAGCAAGUACAGUACGAACAGUAUGAAAGCAACGGCACAGAACUGGAACAAGCCGUUCACACACAUCGAUCAUCGUACCGUAACGAUUGGCUAAGCGGGUUUGUUGAACUAAAUCCCAAUCUUCACUUCCAAAUAUCUACUUCCGUCUCAGUGGGUCAGUCCAGUCUUCUCUCCUCCUUAUCUACUUCUGCAAUGGCCGAAAACCGGUUCACACUAGGACAAACGAUGCACUUUCAAGGUCGGCGCGGCGCAGCUUCGCUCCGUAAAGGAUGAGACCAACUUAGGUUUCUGGGAAACUGCCCACCUACCCCUCCCCUAAGCAAUCAUUUUGCCCUAAGUGAGGAGUAAGUGUUAAUGUUAGCUUAGGGAAGGGGUAGGUGGGCAGUUUCCCAGAAACCUAAACUGAUCCAAUUACAACGAAAUCACCGUUCUUGUCGAGUGUGAACAUGUCGGUAGCUUGUAUGGUGUCUUCACAAGGGAUAUCCGAUAUGGUGUGAACAUAGCCUUAAUUAUACGGUAGAGUUGCUUUUUCAAGGAAGGGGUCGGCUAUUCAAUUACCUCACGACUGUACAUGCAUGUUACUUUUGCAGUUGCUGGAGUUCCAUUAGCCGCUGGUAUUGUCUCCACCGGAGUGGUGUGCACGCUCUACACCACACUAGUGAGUAUUGCCCACUUAAGAGUGUCUCUAGCUUGACCCAGGGUGACCAAAACGCAGGCGUUCCCCUGCGAAAUACCCCAAGGGGGCAGAGAGGAGAGCCGGCUGUAUCUGCAGGCUAACGACGUGGUUGCUUAAGCACCUGUAAACAACCAGCACUUCAACAUUUCAGCACAACCACUUGUAGCCUGCGCGCAGACGAAAUUAAACUCUGGUUAACUCCGUCUGCGAAAAAGCGCCGAAAUCCUUGUUCUGGACUUCCAGCUGUGUACCCAGAUUUGAGUACGCACCACGAUUGGCCAGUUAAAAAAGACUUUUGUUUUGUUUGUCGCAAGACUGGUAAUAGCCAAUCAGGUUGAAGGGAAAUUCGAAACGCACUUCCGGUAAUUCGUUGAGUCGGCUGGAGGUCCAGAACAAGGAUCUCUGCGCUGCUUCGCAGACGGUACUAAUCAGAGUUUAGUUAUCGUCUGCACGCAGGCUAAACCACUUGUUGCCAUUAUAAUCUUCAAGUUACAACUUUACAAUCCGACUAGUUCAACAAUCCAAUGGCUAACGUUUGUCUUACUCGUCUUUAGUUUCAGAUUGAUUAUGCAUUUAGAAUUUUUCCAACAUAAUUUUGUAUUUGUUUGAUGUUUUUCUGAACAAAACAGGGAGGCCUGAAGGCUGUGGCAUGGACAAACGCUUUUCACCUCAUUCUCAUGCUAACCGCACUUAUCACGCUAUGCAUUGUGGGUACAAACGACGCAGGAGGCUUUGCUCGAGUGAUUGAAGUUAAUAAGAAUGGAACCCGGAAGACAAUAUUCAAGUAAGUAACGAGUUUUAACCUUAUGUGGAUGAAGCCCAUUUAUAGGAUCAGGGUUUUUUUGUCGAUUUCUUUGGUUUCGUCAAUUUUUUUCGUCGAUUUUUCAUUUUUCAAUAGGCUCCUAUGUCACGCGCUCAGUAACUAACUUAAGUGAUUCAGUAGAAACUAGUUUCUUAUUGGCAAAUGUAAUUUCCAUGUUUUGUUUUCCCAGCUUUAACCCAGACCCUACCAUCCAAUACACAUUCUGGACACUUUCUAUCGGUGGAGCGUUAACUGCCAUGCCUGUAUGGACAGUCAGCCAGACAGCUGUCCAGCGGUAUAUGUCUGUAAAGAUGGUGUGCCUGGCUAGAAGGUGAGAUUCUGCCGACGUCUAUCAUACGACCGUCAUAACUCAGGAGUGAUGGGUAAAAAUUCCCAACCCCCUCCCCCCAACCCCACCUCCCCCUCCCCCAUUCCACAGACGAUUCGGACAAACUCAUAUAGUGUGAACAAGGAACGACGGGGUGCUGGCCUCGGAAUGGCACGUUCUAGAAUCGAGGAAUCGCCUACACAGUCAUGGACGGCAUGAAUGGCCAUUAUUCUGCACUCAAGCGGACCUUUGUAUCCUGGUCAUGCUGUUUUCGCUUUACGGUCACUUCCCCCCUCCCCCCAAGGUCAUUGCGCGCUGGUUACUUGGCCCCCUAUUUUAGAACGAGGAAGAUUGUAUUUGAAGCGCGCUUGUUUUGGUUUAUGGUUUAUAGGACGAGGAAUAUUUUAUUUGGAACGCCCUAAAUGACUCGAAAAUAGACGGCGAAAUGACUGGUUUCCCUACUUUCAUGUCACGGACUUAAAUUACUGUGAGGCAGCGCCGUAGCUAGUAUGAGGCCAACCGAGGCACUCGCCUCGGUAAAAUUUUGACGAAUUUCGCCGAUCAUUUUUAUUUUACAUAAGGGAUCAUCGGAUAUUUUUAACGCAUCAUGAUAUUACAAAGAAUUCAGCAAUUCAGUCAAUAUACUGUGAAAAAAUUACCAUAUCAUCGAUCUCAAGGGGCUACGUACGUUAACUCAAAUUUUUUUUGAACAAAUACUGAUCAAAACCAUUGGCGAGGUUAACGGUCACCCAGAUUAUGUAGCUUGUUUCUGAUUAUUGCUUUUUAAAUUCCACUUAAAUUAACUCGAAAAAAAGGCCCAGAAAACGCUGCAAAUCGCAUUUCCGAGAGACUAAAGUUCAAAAUUUCUCGGGGGGGGGGGGGGCAUGCCCCCGAACCCCCCUAACAACUCCCGCCUGCCUCGGUUGGCCGUUUGGUCUGGCUACGGCACUGUGAGGACUAAAAAUUUUCACCCACAUCACAUCUGCUAUUCCUUGUUCAUUACUUUACGGCUAAAUGAAUAUAUAAAUUAUAUUCAUACACACAUAACUGUUUGUCAGAUUGGACAGGAAAUGACAUUGCACUGGUAGACUACAUUAGCAUUAUAAUACAAAACCCCCUUGCUACCGGGAACCAGUACAGUUUUUUUCAUCAUAAAUAAAUAAUAACUCACCAGAUCCCUUCAAUAUUGUUCCUUCAGGGCUAUUUGGAUGAGUGUACCAAUAGUGAUGAUAAUGACUGGCUUAACAUGUGUCACUGGUCUCGUUAUGUACGCUGUGUAUGCCAACACUGAUCUAUCCACAGCAAGAGAAAUUCAACUCAGCAACACGGUAAUUGAAUCAGGCUCUAUGAGCUUUACUUAAUGGAAAUUCUAGGUUUUCUUCCAACGCACCCCAAGAGAAGAGAAAAUUAAUCGCGUCGACGUUUCCGUUGAGAAUGUUGUCUAGUCUAUUUAGACACGCAUAAAAAACCACACUUUGAAUCUUUUUCUCUUGAAACUUAAGCCAAGCAAAUCACCAAACAAAAAGCAUGGAUUCGCGGGGGGGGGGCAAAGCGUUUCAGUACAAAAAUAAGUCUGUUUAUGAUUUCUUUCUCUUGUUCCUAUUUUUUGUGCGAUGUCUGAUCCCUGGAAGUGUUCUGUUGAUUAAAAAGGCCCUUUAAAGUCUCAGCCCUUUUUAAAAGAGGACCGCGAAACUGUCGGCGAUCAAUUGCCGAACAAUUUGUUGGAGUGCGGAACUUUUCAAAAAUCGUUUCGUUGAGGAUAAAAAACUAACCAACUGUUGUUAUCUCCACUCGCAUGACUUUUCUUCAUCCGAGGAAAAGAAAUACCUGAAAACAAAACAUUAAAGUAUGUGAGACAGGAAGCCAAAGUUACCCUGGUUUUCCAACUGCUUUGGGGGAAGAAAAAGCCACUUAACGCUCGGUACAUGUCAUAAGAACUUACCCAGUAGACUUUGUAUCAUUAUUCAGCUGACUGUCCCAAGACAACAAGUACAACCGGGAAGGGCUUCAGUUUUCAGCGAACGAGGUUGAAUCUUGACAGUAAACUUUGGAUGUCUCCCUUGUAGGUUCUCUUCUAUUACGUCACUGACAAGCUAGGUGAUAUAAAAGGGCUGCCGGGUUUUAUAACUGCUUGCAUAUUCGCUGGAUCCUUAAGGUAAUAAGAUAACAUAAAUAUAGUUUAAUAUAAGUGAGACUACCACUAGAUAAACAAUACUGCAUUCAAGAUUGCCUUACAAUGACGUCGCAUAUUACUACCCGUAAUAUAUAAUUGACCCUUUUACUGCCAGAGUGCUUGAUGGAGUUUUGUAAGUGACUCUAACUUUUGAGUCUGUGGACGAAAUCCGGUGAUGUGACCAUUCAAAAAAAAGCUCUCUGCCUGUUCUUUUACAUGGUGCAUUUUGUUUUUUAAAAUUUUACAAAAUGAAAUUUGGACAUUUAGUCGAAAUUUGCCUUUGGCUACAUUUGGCAGUGGAAGGGUUAAAGACAUAGAUACAGUCGAACCUUCAUGUGCGACUACCUCUUAUUAGCGACCACUCCCAUAAGCGACCAUAUUUUGGGCGGUCGCCUUCGGAAAGUUCGACUGUAAUAUAAAAAGAAGCGCGAGAGAAAAAUUGACCGCGCAAAAUCUGGGGUCGAGCUGUAAAAUUUACGAGAUAAAUAGUUACACACUACUCCCUAAAAACACCCAUUCACAUCUCGGACUGACAAGUUUUCUUUCUCGUAGCUUUAUUUCAUCAGGUCUCAGCUCUCUUUGCCUGGUUAUUGUAGAAGACUUUGUCAAGAGACUUCUACGAAAGAUAAGCGACUUCGAUUCUACGAAAACCUGUAAAUUUACAAGUACGUUAAAUCUUCUUGAUUUUAUUUCAGUUUCCGUUCAUAACCACUGAAGCCACUCCUGCGACUGACAUCAUGUGUUCCUUGCUCGUGCGUAAACGUUUUAAUACUUUGCGCAUUUUUAUCCUUGUGCGUGAAGCGUAAUAGGACAUGUACAAGUCCGGGGGUACAAGUGCUUGAUCUCUCGUGAAACACACUUAUCCUCAAACAAAUAGGAUACAAUAAACGAAUCACUGAGAAAGAUGUUUCCUCAGUCAGUGACGCAGACGGCUUGGAAGACAAAUUGCGAGUGCUCCUAACAGGAGUCGAACCUAUGACCUUCUGGUUACUAGUCCAGAUGCUCUACCACUGAGGUACAGGAGACUCGUGGGAGCUAAAGCCACUAAACUAGGUUCACGUGACAAACAUCCUGCAUACUGCUAGGACUAGAAUGUCGACAUGUACAUACGCGCAAUGAUAGAGAUGCAGUGAUGGUGAAUUUUAAACCGGAUGCAUACAUGACAAAGAUGUUUUUUAGUCAGUGGCACAGGCAGCUUGGAAGAAAAAUUCCGAGUACUUAUUUAUCACUGGUAAAUUAUACAUGACACCGAGAGCCUAAUCAACCAAUCAGAAGUCGAAAUAAAUCAGUUAUGAGUCGUCCAGUCUUGGUCUUACUUCUGAUUGGUCGAUAGAGUCACGCAAAUUUUCGACCAAUCACAAGGCGUCGAAACGCACGUCUGAAGUUGACAGGGACACUUUCUGCACUCGUUGAGCACUGAAGUCUCUCCUCGCUUGCUUUAGUCCUUUGUUGAGGCCAGUAUUUUGUGGCUAUUUGAAAAUAUGAUCUAUUAAGUUUAAUCGUAAGUUCUGAUAUGUAACUCUUUCAGCUGUGAUACUGGGCAGUGCUUUGAUUGGUGGUGCGUUCACACUUCAUCAUUGUGGUCGUAUAGUGUUAGCGGUAAGUGUAGUGUAGCAGAUAGACUGUUUGUAACGCCCCAUUCGAACUUGUAAACCCAGUGCACACCAGGAGUGUGUAGACGAGUGAAAAAGGCACGAUGGCAUUUGACUUUGUACCUCUUUUUUAGGUCUUCUCUGGUUUGCUCUACAUCACCGGAGGCACUUUUCUAGGACUUUUCACACUUGGAAUGUUGAUACCAAGAGCUAACAGCCGGGUAACUGUCACUUAAAUCUAUUUGUAAAUUAUUCACUUAAAAUGUAGGCUUAUUUUCUUAGUUCCUUCUUAAAUUCCCACUAAAUAUAUGCGACACAUACAGACCAAUUUAGACGGCAAAGAUUCGUAUGCUUUGGGUGUUUCUUGGUGUUUCAGAAACCGUUAGGUAGAGCGAUUUUCGUAUGACUUUGAAAAAUGGUUUCGGUAAGUGUUCGUUAUUUAUUUUAUCAGCCAAUGGAUGAAAAGAUCAAAACAUGGCCUCUUCGUUUUCCCGCGAAAGAAAACCCUAAUAUGGAGAAGGCCAAUCGUCUUGUAGUAUGACGUCAAAGCGAAGUAUCGGUUGAUUUCUAGUUCUAGGGCAUGAAUUUUUUUUUCAUCCGAGCGUUCGCUUAACCAACCAAAAGCCACGCGCGUUUGUAUCCGUUCGAUAAACCAAUCAAACCGCUCUAUUUACAUUCGUUUGCUGUUUCUGUUUUGUUUGCGCGUUUUCAUUUCAAGGUCAUACGAAAAUCACUCUAUUGUGUUGUGGCGUGGGUUUUGUUCAGUGUCCUUUCAAUCUUUUGUAUUGCGCCAUUUGGUAAUCGCAUCAUCUACGACACCAAGAAACCCAGUUUUUCUGAAAAAUAACGACGUCGUUCAAGUAGCAUUUGAAAGAUUGCAAACUGAUUUUAACGAGAUAACCAUUUCAGUGGCACGAGAUAUCCCUCUUCUGUAUUCCACAGGGCGCGUACUUUGGUGUGGCCAGUAGUCUUGCUAUGACUAUAUGGCUUUUCACGGGAGCUCAGCUUUACCCAAGUUACCCGAGCGGCCCCGUGCUAAUCUCGGGAAGCGCGUCUAAUGGAUUCAACAAAACAGCGGCUACGCUCUAUAACGACACAGAGAUCCACGAGUAAGUAUAACCAUGUGCAGCGAUACAAAUCAAACCUUGUUCCGGCCAGGCAAAAGGUAACCUGAGAAAACAGCCGACAUUUCGCAACGCCACCACUGAUUCCCCCGCGAAAUGACGUCUGAGAAACGAGCGCAGAAAUUCCAUACUGAUGACGCGUCAGUAGUGCUUCUGAUUGGUUGAAGCAAGUUUCACACACGGCACGACAAUAAGAAGCACUACCCAGAUCUCAGUAGUGACGCGUCAUCAGUAUGGAAUUUCUGCGCGCGUUUCUAAGACGUCAUUUCGCGGGGAAACCAGUGGUGGCGUCGCGGUAUGUCGGCUGUUUUCUCAGCCUAGUUCUGGCCAGGCAAGAGGAGAUUCUAGAUUUCAGAUUUCAGAGAGGAAACUAAGAAAAAGGUUCCUUGUCAGGAGAAAAUUUUCGCCCUGACGGGGUUGUCCCCUAUGGAAGAUCCGGACAUAGAAAGCUUACGUUUCGACCGCUGGCCUAUAGUCUUGCGGUUGUUUUUCAACAGAGUUACCCUAUUGGCGUGAACGCUAUGACGUAAGAAAAAACAUCAAUAAAUAAGUUUAAUAACUGAGAAGCGUCUCUUAAUUCCGUGAAGAUAAAGUUUUUCACUCAGAAGACCGUUGAACUAGUAAAGAGGUUCCCGUAGUACGUGACGAGAGAGAAACUGCAACCUUAAACACGCCAUUUUAAUUGCUUUCUCUUUCUCUUCAGCAACCCAAUGGCCAGAUUUUAUAGUAUGUCCUAUUUAUGGUACUGUGCUAUUGGUUGGGCUGUUACCAUGGUGAUUGGUACAGUGACGAGCUUGUUAUUUGGUAAGUAAAAAUAAACCUCGUAGAACGCAGUGAGGUUGCCUGAAAAGAACUUCCUGCUUCGUAUCCCAUAACCCUUCUCCAGCUCGGAUACAAAAUUUGUAUCUCAGGCAAACCCCCUCUCCGUAUCCAGUUUUAGAUAAGCUCCUGAAGUGCACGCGAAAAGGUGCCCUAUUAGACCGUCUGCAUUGCUCAGGACACCGAGGCUCUAAACUUUUGCAAAUGUUGACAGUAUUAAAGGACCUGUGUAAAAGAUUACAACAGUUUACUUUACACGGUCGGGAGAUAAACGAUUUUUGCUCAGCAACGAAGAGACAGUGUCGAUCUAAUUUGUCAUAGAAUUUGUGCUUCAAUGGGUAUGUUCCACUGAGUUUCACUGUGCUCGAAUACUUUGAACAGUAAGUCCUUGCAUACUUCAUAUUUCUUUCACUUCUGUUCCUUUGCAGAAACAUCUAAAGAGAAGAAAACCAAGGUUGAUCCAAAACUCGUAUUUCCUCUCAAGCUAUGGUUACUUAGCUGGUUACCAAGAGAAAGAAAAAGGUGGAACUCCAAAACAGGCCUCCCUCAAUCAGAUGACAAAGAGGACUGGGUACAACUUGGCGAGAGAAAGCAACCAGGCUCCCCGGAAGAGGUACCCGCCCGGUUUAUGCGCAAUUUUUUUCAAUCCGCUUUCCCCACUAUCUUGGGACCUGGAACAGGCUUGACCUAGUGCCGGUUCCACUGACAACCAUUGCACAAAAAAAGUGAACGUUAUACUCGUCAUCAAAAUAGGACCAUUGGCAUAUACGUAAAUACAAGUUGCAUUUUCCACAAUCUUGAGGUUUUGUUUAUUUUAAAUGGUCCAAUCAUAAAAUUUUGUCAACUGAAGGAUCACAAGGAUUCAUCACUAUCACAUUGCCCAUAAAACACCUUGUUUACACCACCCCCGUCCAAAUUUUGCACAAGAAUUGUUUUCAGUUUCUCCUUGGUAUAGUAUUACAGUCGUCCCAAAAGAAAGGAAAAGCAAGGCUUAUGCAUUUAUUUAUUUAUUUUACUUUUUAAAGAAGAUGCAUUAUAGGCAAUGCGUAAUAAAGGAAGUGGAAUUGAUUUCGAACUGUCAAAAUAGCAAUUUGGGGAUUCAACAUUUUUCCUUUUUGCCCCCUUCUAUCUGUUCUUCCUAAAUAAUGAUACACGAUGAUAAUGUUCCUUGCCUCAAUGGUAUCAAUGGUUAACAAUAAAUUACCAUUCUGUUUUUCAGCUUCUAAGAGACUCUUGGAGAAAAAGUGCUGUGUGAGAAAGCAGGGAAUGGAGAACAGUUCGUAAAGAUGAGAAAAGUUAUAUCUUUCGGCGCUGUUUUCGCGCUUGUUACACACACGAGAAAGUGGCCGUAUGAGAGAUAUCCCAUAAGUGCACCGAUAAAAGAAAUCGGAUUAUACGUUUCUCGGAAACUGUCCACCUACCCCUCCCCAGAGCCAACAUUUUGCCCUAAUUAAUGUUGGCUUAGGGGAGGGGUAGGUGGGCAGUUUCCCAGAAACGUCUAAUGAUCCAAGAAAUCAAUGGCUACAAGAGGCCGGAUACUGUGGGGUAAUAACUGGUUUUGAGACACGUAAAAGGCAGAACUUCUAGUAUUAGAUAUUUAUGGUGUUGAAUCUCUUUCUGCGGGCAGCAUUAUAGUGGCUAAAUAGUGGCUAAUUCGUUUGUGUCUCAGAAACCAAGAUCCGUAGUAUAAAAGUUAAGACCGUGAAAACUAAAAAUCGGCUAGCCCCCCAAUAAUUGACUGUAGGGAAGCCAAGACAUUUUUAAGUUAAAAGCAAGUCCGUGUUCAGUUCAGUAGAUAUACUGAAUUAUUAGUACAAGGUAGGGCUACGAGAGGCGCAGAAAGAAACUGGAUAUAAGUUAUGUAAAUUUUUUGUAACAUUAUUUAAUUUGGAGAUUUAAGAAUUUAUCAUAUUAUCACUAACGUCCCGCUAGGUUAUGGCCAAGAGCAAAGAAACAGUCUAUUCAUGUCCAGCAUUCUUUUUGUCUCAUCUAAGAUGGAGAUUGGGGCGCUACACUGUAGAAAGCAAAUAACGUGUAUUAAAACUCCCUUUACUUUUUUUGUCGUUUUUGUCUUCUUUCAGUGUCGCUCACGCUUCUGAUUUAUUAUUCAAAAUGAGACAGUGAAAAGACAAGCAAAGAAAAUAACAAAAACUAAGUAUAGCGCUAUUAUAUGUGAUUCAACUACGGUUUGCAGUAAAUAUAGUGUUACCAAACGGACGCGAAAGCAAAAAAAACAACAACAAAAAAAAAACAGGGGGUGUUAAGUGAGUUAUAUUUUUGACCCUUAGUGUGUCUGUGGCUCGGGGGAGGGGUGGGGGUUAGUGAGAGAUGAAAAUCUGGCACUACCGGCUGAUUGUGGAAUAGGUAUAAAUACCUAACUUGCGUACUGGCACAGUGAUCCCAAGACAUGAAUCCACGGAGGAUUUCCGAUACAUGAACGUAUGCACCACAGGGACUCAAACACGUAAAUUGCAACAUGUAAACCACAGGGACUCCAAACUUUAGAACCCACAGGGGUUUCUAACAGGUGAACCAGUAAAUUAUUUAUCCCAGAGAUCCAACAGGGACUCAAACAUGCAAGCGAAGAGAAACCCACAUGUCCAAACUUGUAACUUCACAAUCCUUUUUUUGCAUGUUCAUCAGCUUGUAACUUCACAAUCCUUCAGUUUUGCAUUUUCAUUGGCUUGUGCUUAACAGCACUUAGUCCAUGUCUCACCUCAAUGCUGUUUCUAACAUCUCCCUUUCCAGGAAGCUACUGAACAGCUAGAAUUGCCAGGUGCCAAUAACUCAGAUCCAAAAAGCACCUCUGAAUUCCUCAUAACACAACACUGUACACCAAAGGGUUCCCAACGUAAUGGCUACUUCUGUCAUUCUACUUUUAAAAAUGAUGUACGCAGUCGAAAUAAUCUAGUGACAAUGAUUUGAAUCCAUCAGGGGCACCCAACGACCGUUUUCUGGGAAAUGUCUGUUCGGAGCCCUCUAGAAUGGCUAAAAUUUUCGAGAGCCCAAGAACAGCUAAAAAUUUCGAAAAUGUUUCGUGGUGACUGGUUGUUGGGCUCAGAGUUUCGGGAUUUGUGUGGUUUGUUCACCUAAGAAUUUCGGAUUUUGUAGUAAUCUGUAGAUUCUGAUUUAAGCACCUAGAAAUUUCGUAGCUUUCGUAAACUAAGAAUAGCAAAAAACCCGGCUAAUCAGUCAGUGCCAUGCCGUAUUUCAGAUUUUUCAGUAAGUGCCGUGCGAAUUGAGUUCGGCAGGGUACAAGACGUUUGAAACUGGCAUUAAAAUCACUUAAAUGCCUUUUCUAUUGUCCUUAUUUUUGUUCUUCUUAUUUUUUAUUAUAGUUAUUCUUAUUAUUACACCUAGAAUUUUCUAUACAUUCUACGUCGCCCUAGAAAAUUCGAAGACAUUCCCACAAGAGAUAGAGUUUUCGGAAAAAAAUUGAAAGGACCCCUAAAAAUUUCCGCUAAGGGAAAAGCUCGUCUGGUAAUCUUAGGUUUUCGGAAAGCUUUCACUGUAGGCUGUUAUUUUCGGGAAAGACGAAAAACAGCCCUAAAAAAUUAGAGAGGCUCAAACCACUCCUAGGACGACCGAACAGAUCAAAUUUUUUUAGCGAUGCGAAUUAUUGAAUUAUAUUGCUUUUAAAGCACUCCAGGAUGCAUAACGAGCCAUUUCAGAUCAUUUCCCAGAAAACGGUCGUUGGGUACCCCAUGAAUACCAGUUAUCACAACAAUGUAGACCAUAGGGUUCCCAACUUCAGUGCUACCUCUCUUAUUCUUCUUUUAGAAAUCGCGUAAACGAUUGAAAUAGUCUGGUGACAAUCAUUUGAAUCCAUGAAAGACAUGCAUGAACACCUCUUAUCACAACACUGCACUCCACAGGGUCCCAACUUCGUGCUGGGUCUGUCACUCUCCUUUUAAAAAUCACGUAAACAAUUGAAAUAGUCUGGUGACAACGAUUUGAAUCCAUGAGCACCUGUUAUAACAACACUGUACUCCACAGGGUUCCCAACUUCAACUUUACUUCCAUCAUUCAGAAAUCAAUUAAACAGUUGAAAUAGUCUGGUGACAAUGAUUCAAAUCCAACAAACAGCUCUCCUUUGUAAUUUACUCUCACAGGGUAAGUGCCCAGUGUUAUAUUCCUUUUGAGGGUUUCUUUCAGGCGGCCUGUUUGUAGGCAAUACUUCCAGCCAUGCCAAAGAUAUACAACACAUGGCAACACUGCCUGACCAAUUUCUUCAAUAUCCCCAAGAUGGAGGGUUCCACCUACAGAGAAUGGACACAAGUUCACAACUCUAUCUCUCACUGA